CCCAUUCUGACAACAUCGGCGUGUCGAUCACUUGCGCCUUAGGAACUGAUGAGCCCAGACACAUCCUUUGUAUUCCUCUCUUCUGGAUAUCCCUGCCUUUUUGGAUCUAAAGCUUUCCACAAAUAGCCCAAUCGGCCUGCGUCACGACCAACGGCUCCCCUCCAAGAAAGCAAGCGAGGUUCUUCUUCGAGGUGUGAACGGAUCCUUGACCUUCUUUGAGGCUUACAACUGCAAGACCACAGAAUAGUGCCUCGCAAGAGGCAUUAGUGGCCCCGCUGGACGCGAAAGCAUCCAGCUGCUCCGGUCACACACCACUCCCACGACGUCCAUUUGAGCUCUACUCCAGUGAACUUCUCGCCACCUACCAUUUCUGUCUUUUACACGAAGUCUAGUACCUAAGUGACUUUCUUGUCUGCUCUGAGGCUUCCACGGCCGCUCCGAUGGCGUUGGAUCUAAGUGGAAUAACAUUCUGAAUAACCCUGGUAGUCGGCGCCGGACAGGAAGAAAAAAAUAACUUCAUACUCAGGGUCUUUCGGAGAUGGAUACCCGCUCCAACAAUUCGGACGUUCCGAAACUGGUCCCGUCAACCCGGCACAUUGGGAAGUGAUCGCUGCCUAGGAUGCACAAGCCACACUACCUCGUACCUCGUAACCGCUGGUCUUCGAUGGAGGGUACUUUCGACAAGGCUAUCCAGACCAAAUGAUACCACUUCGCUUACAGAAGUCACACCAACAACGUUGUCAUGCCACUUUCGGUAAGAAAUCUUAGCGGGCCGAAGCGAUCUACUUUUCAACACCAAGAAGCUGUCCCAAUAAUGUCUCAAAGUGCCACUUCAGCUCACGGUGAUCUGGCUAGAAUACUGCAACUUGAGUUCUGACUUGGUGGCGAACAUCCAAGCUCCAUCAACGGCUUGAGAGAAAUCCCUGUCGCAAGAUGUAAUCGUGGACUCUGAAACCCUGAGGACAGAAAGUCGCUCAUUAGCUACCUACCUUUUGAGUACUCGUAGGCUGUCAUUACUUGAUGGUCUCUGCAGCGUUUGAGUCUAGGAAAUCGACUCUCCGCAAUGGAGCCCGUCGGGCGUUAGCCGAGGUCUUCUCUGCACUCUGAAUGGCCUUUUGUUGUGUCAGAGGUUCGACAAGCGAGACCAAUUAGACAUCUCCAUGUGCUCAAGGAGAUUUCUCAACCAUCACGAAGCGACAAUCACAUAGAUCUUCCUACACCACUCGUGUCGUGCCAGUUCUCAAGUGAAUUCACUGUUCUUUUGCUAUUCAACAAGAUUGAUUCGGCGCUACAGCAUCGCCUCCUCUCUGGCUAGUUGGAUCAGGAAUACCGGCACACCAUAGCGCCUUCGACCUAUUUCACGCGGACCCCCUUGAUCUCAUGGGUCUGAAGUUCCCAAACCCACACUGGCACUGCCUUGAUCCUUGCUUGUUAGUUGCAAGACAUGCCUAUAGGUUGAAGCCAGGCAGCAUAAUCUGGGUCGGCCCUUUCAUGUUUGUCAUUCCUCAACGGCUUCUUUGGGUCAGCCAAUGGGAGAUUCCCUCUGUCAUCGUCAAUUCUCACCCUAUUUACCGACAAACAAUGAAAACGAGUCGAUCUCUGAUUUCCAUCAGGCACUGUCCACGUUUCCCCUCCCGUGCAGGCGACCUGUCACACUAUAACCACUUGCAGCGAGCUCAGGAUGGCGUUCUUGGAAUCCGACUGGUGUUUCACGCCGUCCAGCAUUCGCCCUCCUUGCUCAAGGCACCCUUGAACUGGCGAGAGGUAUCACGAUCACCGACCUCUGCAUUACGCACAAAGCUAUACUUACUCCCCCCUCCAAUUGCCAUUCGCAAUAGGUAUACGGUACCUUUGCAAAAGGCACACAAUUGAGAGACUGAUAAUUUAGUCGUUAUUCCUGUCCUUAUUAGUGUCUCGGUGCUCGUCGUUCACAAUAUUCUCAAGAAUGUCUCUUGACUUGUUUGGGUUCUGUCAGUUACCAUUUCAACUCACACUGAUACUAAGAAAUGACACGACAGGUUCAAGGGGUACAUCAGUGAAAUUUACCUGGUAGGAGCCUUGUGAGUAAUGCAGAGGCGGGUGUGCGUAGUACCUAUCGCCCCUUGAACCCCUGGCAGUAUACUAUAUCUGGCAAUUGACUCUGACUCUACACUGUCUAUCCAGGGACAAUCUUUCAAGUCGAGCACACGGGAAGCCGCCUGGGUGAGUGUUCAUGGCUGACCCACCGCCUAGACAACUAGCUGCAUAGUUAGCAUUUGCAUUCAAGGCACAGGUAACAUUCGAGAGAGUGAAGGAGCAUUCUAAUUAUCGAUGACAUGGCUGUGGACGAGAGUUUGUGCCCUUCUAUUGGUGCGUAUCCUCAAGAUUUUCUGGGACAACUGCCGAAAUGUCGCUUGCUUUCCAUCCACCCAGAUUCGCAUCCCGUAUACUUGCAGGUGAGCACUGUGUCGCAUGGGCAAAUAGCACCGUGUGAUGACCCUGGAGCUUGCAUCUUGAAUGGAGUACAGUGUGCUCGGCCUUUGCCCGUGCUUCUGCGCGGACGGUGAGGUCUCAUGUUGGAAAUUAAGCCGUGAUCACUCUGCACUGCCCGAGAACCAACCCGGACUGACAUGUUGGGGGGGAGAAAGGUGUGCGACUGGAGCUUGAAGAGCUCGUUCUGCGGUUGCCACUUUUGGCAUCCACCCGCGGCGUACUACAUCUUGGGCCCUUUUGUACGCCGAAGACCGUCAAUGCAGCUCAGGGUGUGUGAACGAAGGUCCCCCGAGGGCGGCCUGCGUGCAACGCAGAGAGACACCAGCUCGUGGUAUGAGUCCCCAGGGUUAUCGACAUGGUCGAUAUGCUAUGGACACUUGCACUACGCGCGCCGGUCUGAUAGCCGGACCAUCAUGACAGGAGCCCAUGAUCAGGAGGUGAGGACCUGCCCCCUGUCCGACCACUAAUUUCUCGUUCGUGCAGGCUCCCCCUUCGUCUCCGGUGCCUCACGGUCACCAGGAAGACACCUUUGGGAGUCGCUCAAAUUCACCCGAAGGUUUUCUUCACCUCACGGCUCUGAAAAGUUGUCCGUCGCCUUUCCGUCGCUGUCGAAAUCUCCCCCCUGACCCUGCAUUGGCGUCACCACCAGACGCCCAGCUACGACCGUGGGCGCUUGUUUGGCCCAGUACACGUGGGUCAUAGGUCCCCCAUGAGAGACAAGAAAAAAAAGGAGAAUGAGUACUUUGGAGUAGCACACAUGCCGGGGGGGUGUUCUUUGUAGGAGGGGGACGGGAGGGAGAGGGAGAGACAAGCGAGAAAGACGGCAGCAUUGCUUGCUUCUUCUUCUUCUUCUUCUUCUCCUCUCUCCCCGAGAGCGUGUAGCAACCAGAUCGAGCGAUAGCGGUGAGCAUAUUCUGCAUUGAACCGACACACUCGUUCGAGGCGAUGGGUGUUGCGCACACCCGCCUCUGCAUUACGCACGGCGCCAUCUACUCUGUAUAUAUCGCUGGAGUUACUUGCAAUGUUCGAGGGGUACAUCGGUGAUCUGUACCUGGCAGGGAGCCUUUUGUGCGUAAUACUUAUCGCCCAAGAAGAGCAAGAGCAUUACUACCCCGGGGAAAAACACUUCAUACAACUUCAAGCUUAAGCACAGUGACAAACACAAGUUUCCUCAUCAUACCCAAGGUGGUUAUUAUCUGCUUCUCAUGGAGCAUGUCCUAUUACAUACGACAGAGCAAUGUGUUUCAGCGCAAUAUUAAAGUCAUACCAAUACCCAAUGGUUCAUAUCGG